GUUAGAUUCAAAGUUUGGUGAACGGCUGUCCGCCAGAGCCGCCUCGUUGUCAGAAUGUCCAACGAUAAAAGUCCGUUGUCUUUUCUAUGGUAGGACCGAUCGCCCUCCACAACAAUGGAUAUUAGCGAGCAGGACCCCAGUGCCCGAUGUCUUGUUGCGGAUCGAAUGAAAGUACAGGCUGGCUCCUGCGGUCCGGAUGCUGUUGGAGAAGAUGUUGAUGCUGGUUUGCGGCGGGACUUCGAGCUUCUGAGAGCGGCAGGCAAGGAAUCGCCGUUACCGAGACCGACAGGAGUCAGGCAAACCAUGAAACAUUUAUCGAACGAGUUCCAAGGCUUGUACGAGGAAAAACUGAAACAGCUAGGGAAUAAAGAUGAGAGUAAAGGUAUCCUAAAGAUGAAGUUAAGGAUUCUUCAGUCAUAUGUAGACGAUCUUAGUGAUCAGAAUCAAGUUUUGGUCCAAACUGUUGAAAAUCUUGAGAGAGAAGAAAAUGAAAAGAUUGCAAAUCUGGAUGCUAAACUUUGGAGAGCUGACCAGGCAUUAUAUUUUUCUUCCCUUAACUUGAGGAGAAUUCCAUUGGAGCAAGUUGCAAAACCAGCACUUUGUUGUUCAACUGCAAAGAAAUCAGAAGAGACAUCAAAGUCCCGCUUGGAAAGCUUGAAGUCCCAAUUCAUAGCAGGCGAUCAGAUAAUUCAAAGGCCUCCUGUGGAACUAAAGGAAGUGUUAAGCGACAGUCGUCCAAGUAAGGCUGAGCUUGAAGGAAAAGAACAUGUGAUUUAUUCUCUGAUUCAUCAAAACAAGAAGAUUGAAGCUCAUUGUAGGACAGCAGAACAAAACGAACUAAAUGUUGUUUGCAAGGCCCAACAUAAGGUUCAAAAGAAGAAAGUCACCAUUAUUGACCUGAAAUAUCAAAUAAAACAACUUCAACAGCAGCACAAUGAAACAGUGGAAGAAAAUGGACGCUUACGAGCACGACUUGAAGCUUGGAUGAUCACUGCACAAAGUGAACAGGAUAUCCUUUCAAAUGAAGUCUUUUGUAAGGAAGACAUAAUCCAUAAACUAAGAAUGAAGCAACUUACUCAAGAUGAAAAAUCUAAAAUAUUAGAGGAACAGGUGGCUCAGCGUGAAGAAACCAUUAAACGUUUGCAAACUGAAUCAUCUUCAUUGAGUUCAGCACAAGAAUUGAAUGAUCAAACAAUUACACAUAAAAGGCAGAUUAUUAGAGAGCUACAGCAAGAAAAUGAUACACUGAAGCAGAAAUUGAAAGAAACAUUAUGCAAGCUAAACGAAAGUGAAGAACAAGUUUACACUCUGAACUUGGAAACAAAUAUAUUGAAGAUAAGACUGGUGGAAAAGACUGAUCUUGCUCAAAGCCUGGAAGAACAAGUUCUCAAACAGCAUAAGUCCUUAAACAGGGUGAAUGAAACUCUUAGGAAUACUAAGAAGGCAGCUGGUAAUAAGAUUCAUCAGAAGGAAAACAAAUUGUGUGCUUUGCAAAAAGAGUUAGUGGAGGCUCAAAAGCAAUACUCAGCCUGCUAUGAGGAGUUGCUCCACAGAGAAAAACUCAUGCAGAAGCUAAGAGAAGAAGCUAUGCAGUUGACAGACCAAAUAUCACAGCAUUCCCAGGAUAUCAGCAAGCUCAGCACUGAGAAGCAGGAAAUAGAACUGGAAAUGGCAGUAACUGCUGAGAAGCAUAGAACUGCUCAACAAGAGGUCAUUAACAGAGAUCAAAUUAUUCUAAAAUUGAAGACAGACUUGAAAACUGCACAGGAGAAAUAUACAGGUUCACAGGAUGAACUUGGUGUUCAGCAAGCUGAAAUCAACCGACUAAAUGAAAAAUUGAAAGAUCUGCAGAAUGAAAUUUGUAAACAAAAGGUUAUUGGCAAUGAACAAGAAAAUCACCUGAGCCAAGCUGAAAAGUCUAUUCAAGAAUUUGCACAUGAACGGGAACUGCUCAUGCAAGAGAUACAAGCCAAUAAAAAUAAUGUAGCGCAAUUGCAGAAUGAUUUGGAUAUUGCAAAGCAAUCUUGCAAUAUUGAUUUGGAACGAUGGUCACAGAAGAAUGUUUUGUUGCAAAAGGAGUUGGAUUCAACCAUUCUUGAAUUGCAGGAUAGUCUUAGCAAAGUACAAGAAUACAAGACAAUUGCAAUGCAACUCAAAGGAGACUUGGAAAAAGCAAAGCAUCUUCAUUGUGAGGCCGCAUGCCUAGCUGAACAACAUGAAGAUGUUAUCCAAAAACAGAAUGAUGAGAUUUUGCAUUUAAGAGAGCAGAUUGAUUGCUUAAACAAUGAAAAUACACAAAUUCAUAAUCAAGCAAAAGCUUUUGAAUCUACUACAGACCUGUUCAAGCAGAAAUACCAAGCAAACACUGAUAGAAUCCAAGAGCUGGAGAAACUUGUGCAGAGCUUUGAAGAAGAAUCAAAAUAUUCAAGUAAUCAGAUAUUUGAGCUGAAUGAUACAGUCCAUAAAUUAAAAGAUGAAAUGAUGACCUUGCAACAUCGAUAUGAAGAAAAGUGUAGCCAAAUUGAAACUUGUGAAGAAAUGAUUGAUCAACUGUCAGAAGAGUUGAAUGCAAGUCAAGAGAACUUACAGAAAAACAAAGACCACACUGCUCAGUGUGAACAAUUGAUUGACAUAUUAAAAGAGAAGGUCCAGAAAAUGCAAAGAGAGAUUACUGAUCAAGAAGACGCAAUACAACAACUCCAAUCAGACUUGACACAGUGUCAAAUCAACCAUAGUCAUUCCAAUGAAGAGUAUAAUACGCAGACUAGACACAUUGAAUAUUUGCAGAAGGCACUUGCAAGUGUGAAAAAUGUUUGCAAUGAAAAAAUCAGUGAAGUUGAACAAUAUGAGCAAACCAUAUUUGAUCUCAGAACAGGGAUAGCAAAAUCUUCUGACCAGCAAAACAGCUAUAUAGAUGAAGUGGAAAAUCUUCAAAAAACUUUGAAAACCCUUCAACUGAGUGGAGCAGCUUCUGAUCAUAAGCAUAAACUAGAACUCGUACAACUGCAGCAACAGAUUACCCAACUUGAAAAUGAUCUUAGAGAUUCACAGAGAGCUUGCAACCAAAAGAAUCAGGAAAUAUGGAAAAGUGAUGAUCUCCUGCAGAAGACAGAGACUGAUCUUCUGCAGUCUCAAGAAAAUCUCAAAUUGAAGGUAGAAGAGCUAGAAGCUUUGGAUAACAUAGCCAAGGACCUGAAAGCAGGAAUACAAGAAUUACAGAAUCACAAGAAACAGAUUGAUAAAGAAAAUGCAGCACUGAGAACAGAGAUCCAGCAACUGAACCAGGAGCUACAGGAUAUUCAGCAACAGUUCAGAAAGAAAGCUCAAGAGCUUGCCAGUCGAGAACAAAAGCUGAUUUUGAUGGAGUCAAACUUACAAGCUACUGAGAAGCAGCUCAAUGAUCAGAUAGCUGAGGUAGUCCAUCAAGAGCAAAGGCAACACAAAUUACAUACUGAACUCGAAACACUUAAAAAGCACCUUGAAACUACCAAGGAAGAGAUUAACAAGUACAAACAAAUUGAAGGGGAGCUAAAACACAAACUGAAUCUGAAAAAACAGCAAGAACGACAGAAUUUCCAGGAUAUCCUGAAGCAUCAGCAUGAUAAUCAGAAGGCAGUAUUGGAACUAACCACUGCUAAAGAUCAGGUCCAAAUUCUGCAGCAAAAGAUUAAGGACAAGGAAAAUCAUAUAUCUGCACUGGAGGAAGAGUUGAAACAGCUGCAAAAUAAAUAUCAGAGUGUCUGUGAGGAGCUGAUGAAAGAGAAAAAUUUUCAAUUCAAGAUGACUACAGCUGAGAAAAAGUCAAAAAGCCACGCUGAAGAGGUACAAGAAUAUGAAGAGAGACUAAAAGAACUUAGUGUUCAGUUGAACCAAGCACUGAGAAAAAACAAGGAAAAUAACAAAGAUUUGGUCAUUAAAGACGAACAGCUGAUUAUGUAUGAAAAGGAGAUGGCUGCUUUACGUGAGAAGCUGCAAGAAAACAUGGAGGAGUUGGAGGCUCAAAAACAGGCUUUGGAAGUAGUGCAAAGAGAUAAUAAUUGGUUCCAUGAGGAAAGUGAGUUAAUGGUCUCAAAUAUCAAUAAAUGGAUCACAGAGCAAGGGAAGGCAAAUGAAACUUUGAGUGCAAAAAUCAAAGAGCAAAAUCAACUUGUCUCCCACCUAACAGCAGAUAAACUACUCUUACAGGAAACCAUUGAUGGUUUGAGUCAAGAAUUGAAGAAGGUAAGAACUGAAUUAGAAGAAAAGAAAAAUUAUACAGAACAAAUAUGGGCAUUACAGAAUCACUCUGCCAAUCAGCAGAUACUGCUCAAUCAAUUCAGAGGUCUUUUGGAAGAUCAAGAGCAUGAACAUGAGAGUCUUGUAGCCGAAAAACUUUCAACUAUUGAAGACAUGCACAACCGAUUGAAGACCAGUAUUCAAUCAAUACAAUUGUUGAAUCAACAGGUAUAA